AUGGCUACCCCUAGUGUCCUAGCUUUUGACGCUGAGGGUCGCGCCAUUGAUUUUGAGGUCUGGUUAGACGACCUGCAGCUGUACUUACAGUGCGACAGGGCUGACGACCUUUCUCUCUUUGACCUCACCUCUGGCGCCUCUCCUGCUCCUGCUGCUGAUGCUGAUCCCGCUGUCCGCUCUAAGUGGGCCACCCGCGAUGCUGCUGCACGUCUUGCUGUGCGUCGCCACCUCCCUACCUCUGAGCGUGCGCACUUUAGUCAGUACAAGAGUGCUCAGACCUUGUACGACGCUGUAGUUGCGCGCUACUCCUCCCCUGCCACUGCUGCACUCAGCCGUCUCAUGCUUCCCUACCUCUUUCCUGACCUCUCUGCCUUUCCCACUGUCGCUGACCUCAUUACGCACCUCCGCACUAGUGACACUCGCUACCGCGCCGCCCUUCCUGCUGAGUUCUGCGCUAAGAACCCCCCCCCCAUGUACAUCGCUCUCUACUACGUAGUCGCGCGCCUCCCUGACUCCCUUCGCGUAGUCAGGGACCACUUUCUCGCAGUCUGUCCCACCACCCUCACCGUCGACCUCCUCGAGAAGUCCCUCCUUGCAGCGGAGAAGAGCAUAGUCGCUGUAGGUGCUUCUCGUGGUGACCCUCGCACCCCCAUCUUUGAGGGGUGCUCUCCUUCCCCCUUGCUGCCCUCUGUUGCCUCUGCUGCUGCUGCCGACCUGCUUGGUCUUGAGUCGGUCGGCGCGGCGUCUGCCCCUAGUGGGAGACGUCGCUCAAGCAAGGGCAAGGGGGGCAAGGGCGCGGGUGGAGCUGGAGGGGGCGGUGGCGGUGGCGGCGGUGGCGGCGGAGGGAGUGGGGGUGGCGGCGGGACUAGUGGCGGAGGUGGUGGUGGUGGUGGUGGCGGCAGCGGCGGAGACGGUGGUGGUGGAGCCAGCGGUGGUGGUGGAGGCAGCGGCGGAGGUGGAGGCGGCGGAGGUGGAGGCGGUGGAGGCGGCAGCGGAGGAGGCAGUGGUGGUGGAGGAGGUGGAGCUGGUCGGGGUGGUACCCAGCAGCGUAGCGGUGGUGGUGGUGGCCAGCGCUCGCACCGGCAGCAGCAGCAGCGCUCGCGGGACAUCCCUUUGCCUCAGCAGCUUCGUGAGUGGUACGCUGGGCGUCAGAGGGGUGGGGGUACUGGUCCCUGCACCUACGUUCUUCGUUCCGGCGACCGCGCGGGUGAGCAGUGUGGGGGUGCCCACGCCACCCAGCGCUGCUUUGGCCGCCUGACGGACGCCUGGCGUCAGCAGUUCCCUGGGGCUAGUGAGAUCCCUCGCUGGGAUGAGCUUCUCAGGGCUGGUGUAGCGAUCUUUGAUCUUGAUUUUGAUGCUAUCCUUACUGCUAUGUAUGUUGUGGAUUAUAGUGAGGAGAAUGAGGGUUACCGUUGUUUCCGGCCCGACCCGGGCAUUGGUACUGCGUCGUCCUCGUCCUCCCUCACUUUCACACUUGACUCCGGAGCUUCUCGCUCCUUCUUUCGCGACCGCACUACCCUUACGCCGCUCGGCCGGCCGGUUGCAGUCUCCCUUGCUGACCCCUCUGGAGGUCCUGUCCUGUCUCACUUCUCCACUGUCCUCCCGUGUCCGGCUGCCCCUUCGGGCACCCUGUCGGGUCUGUACCUUCCCUCGUUCUCCACGAACUUGGUGAGUGGAGCGGACCUGCAGGAUGGGGGUGUUCACCAGUUCACUCCUGCGAGUCAGCGGGUGACCCACUGCACGGAGGCACGCACAGGCCGACACCUGGCCACGUUCUCGCGUCGGCCGGGGUCGAGUCUCUACACCCUGACCGUUGAGUCUCCUCCUGUCCCUGCGUCUGGUCAGGUGGCUGCGUCGGGUCAGGUACUUGCUGCUGCGUCCCGGUCAGGUCCUGAGUCUGCCCCCUGUUCUUGUCGCCUCCUGUCUCACGAGACUCUCCUGUGGCACCACCGUCUUGGCCACCCCUCCUUGCCCCGUCUUCGGAGCAUGGCUUCCCGUGUCCUUGUCUCUGGUCUUCCCCAGUCUCUCCCUCCUCUCCCCUCCGGGCCAGGACCUUCCUGUGUCCCCUGUGUCGAGGGUCGCCUCCGGGCUACUCCUCACUCCUCCCACUUCCCCCCGACAGAGGCUCCCUUGCAGACGCUUCACAUGGAUGUGUGGGGCCCAGCCCCCGUCCGUGGGCAGGGUUACGAGCGCUACUUCCUGUUGGUGGUUGACGACUACUCGCGUUACACCACAGUCCUCCCCUUGCGCAGCAAGGGUGCGGUCACUGAGGUGCUGAUCGACUGGAUCCGCGAGGCUUGUCUCCAGCUCAGGAAGAGCUUCGGCUCGGACUUUCCUGUUCUGCGUCUGCACUCUGACAGAGGCGGAGAGUUCUCUUCUCGCCUUCUGCGGGACUACUGUCGUGCACGGGGGAUCCGCCAGACCUUCACCCUUCCGGACUCACCACAGCAAAAUGGGAUUGCUGAGCGCCGCAUUGGCAUGGUCAUGGAUGUCGCUCGUACGUCCAUGAUGCAUGCGGCUGCCCCCCAUUUUCUGUGGCCGUUUGCGGUGAGGUACGCGGCGCAUCAGCUCAACCUUCACCCCCGGGUCUCUCGGCCUGCGAUGUCCCCAGUCUUGCUGUGGACGGGGAAGGUUGGCGAUGCGUCUGUGUUCCGUGUCUGGGGAUCUCGGGCGUUUGUCCGCGACUUGUCUGCGGACAAGCUGUCCCCUCGUGCUGCUCCCUGUGUCUUCCUUGGCUUCCCCACUGACGCCCCAGGGUGGCAGUUUUACCACCCCUCCUCUCGUCGUGUUCUGUCCUCCCAGGACGUCACGUUCGACGAGUCAGUCCCCUUCUACCGUCUCUUCCCCUACCGCACUCCUUCCCUCCCCCCUCCCCCGGACUUCCUUGUGCCGGUUCCCCCCCCGGUAGACCCCCUCCCCCCUCAGGUUCCUGCCCCCUCAGGUGUGUCCCAGGUAGACGCCGUUGACCCGGUCGAGGUUACUGGUGACUCUGGUGCUGCUGCGGGUGCUGAGCCUGGGGGUGCUGACUCUGGGGGUGCUGUGCGCGGGGGUGCUGAGCCUGGGGGUGCUACUGCUGGGGGUGCUGGGCCUGAGGGUGCUACUCCUGAGGGUGCGGAGCCUGGGGGUGCUGAGCCGGGGGGUGCUGUGCCUGGAGGUGCUGGGUCUGGGGGUGCUGGGUCGGGAGCUGCUGAGCCUGGGGGUGCUGAGCUGGGAGCGGGGGAGCUGCGCGAGUGGUUCGCUCGCCGCUGGAGGCGUGCUGCUGAGUCUGGAGGUGCUGCUGGUGCUGGAGCUGGAGCUUCUUCGACCGUCGAGGGUGCGGGUGCUGCCGGUCCCGGAGCUGCUGGACCUGCGGGUCCUCCUGGAGCUGGAGCUGCUGAGGGCGUUCGUGCUGAGCCUGCUGCUGUUGGUCCUGCCGCUGGAGGUGUGGGUGGCGCUGGUGCUGUAGCUGAGGGUGCUGGUGCUGUCCCUGCUGAGUCUGGAGCUGCCGCGCGGCCUCGGCCGUACUUCGUUCCGCUCCUGCAGCAGGUUCUUGGUCUUUCUCCUCCAGUAGAGGGUCCACCGCCUGUCCAGUCGCAGUCCCUACUGGAGCCUUCCUCUCCACUGCCUGCUCCCUCUCCUUACACUGGUCCUACUGGAGGUCUUGCUGAGCGUCGUGAGCCUGCGUCUCGUCCCGCGUCGCCUGUUCGUGCUGCUCGCGCUAGUGGUCGCAGUUCGCGUCAGCGUCCUCCUCCUGUCCCUGGCACGCACCGGAUGUCUCUGCGUCCGUCCACUGCUCCUCUGCGUGCCCCUUUGCCUUCUCCUCCUGAGUCCUCUCUUCCUGCGCUUGCCGACCCUGAGUCGGACUCUCUUCGCGCUGCGAGUCCUACUGUCACGCGUCUGCUUGCUACUGUCGUCACUGACCCCUCUUUUGAGUCCACUGCUGCGUCUGCUCUAGUCGCUGAGCUCGUUGACUUUGCUGCCCGCUGUCGUCUCGACUACGCUGCUAGUCUUGUUGCUGAGUCUGUCUGUCCUCCGUCCGUCAGGGGUGAGUGUGCUCUUGGCACGGACGUCCUAGAGGACAGGCAGGAGGAGUUACAGUGUCUAGCGGCUGCUUCACCUCAUCUCGCGUCUGUACUGCUUGCCCCUGAGGGAGACCCGGAUGCACUAGACAUCCCGACUCCGCGUUCUUACGCGGAGGCCGUAGAGGGUCCCUACUCCUCUCAGUGGCAGGCAGCUAUGGAUGCAGAGAUGGCUUCCUGGAAGUCCACAGGCACCUACGUUGACGCGGUUCCCCCUCCUGGGGCGAACAUCGUCAGUGGCAUGUGGAUCUUCAGGGUGCAGCGGCCGCCGGGCUCUCCACCUGUCUUCAAGGCACGGUACGUUGCUCGUGGCUUCAGUCAGCGGCAGGGAGUCGACUACUUUCAGACCUUCUCUCCCACCCCGAAGAUGACCACUCUUCGGGUGCUGCUGCACAUAGCCGCUCAGCGCGACUACGAGCUUCACUCUCUCGACUUCAGCACUGCGUUCCUGCAGGGUAGCCUGCACGAGGAGAUCUGGCUUCGCCGUCCACCUGGCUUCACUGGGACUUUCCCUCCUGGCACCCAGUGGAGCCUCCGACGGCCAGUCUACGGUCUCCGCCAGGCACCGCGUGAGUGGCACGACACACUGAGGACUACGCUUGCGGCUCUUGGGUUUGCUCCUUCUACUGCUGACCCGUCGCUGUUUCUUCGCACCGACACUUCCCUGCCGCCGUUCUACAUCCUCGUGUACGUCGACGACUUGGUCUUUGCCACAGCGGACACUGCUGGACUCGCCUACGUGAAGUCCGAGCUGCUGAAGAGACACACGUGCACAGACCUGGGUGAACUGCGCAGCUACCUUGGCUUGCAGAUCACUCGGGACAGAGCACGCCGCACCAUUACCUUGACUCAGUCACACAUGGUGCAGCAGGUCCUUCAGCGCUUCGGCUUCACGUACUCCUCGCCUCAGGCCACUCCUCUGCCUACUCGCCACUCACUCUCAGCUCUGCCUUCGGAUGAGUCCGUAGAGUCGAGUGGUCCGUAUGCAGAGCUUGUUGGCUGCCUCAUGUACCUGAUGACCUGCACACGACCUGACCUUGCAUACCCUCUGAGCAUUCUUGCACGCUAUGUUGCUCCUGGGAGACACAGACCGGAGCACAUGGCUGCAGCGAAGAGGGUAUUGCGCUACCUGUGCAGUACGUCGGGCAUGGGGCUAGUGCUUGGAGGGCGGAGUCCAGUGGUCCUUACCGGCCACGCGGACGCUUCUUGGGCUGACGACCAGGCUACGCAGCGGUCGUCACAGGGCUACACCUUCAGCCUUGGUUCCGGCUCUGUCUCGUGGCGGUCUACUCGCUCGUCUUCAGUUCUCGGCUCCAGUUGUGAGGCUGAGAUCUACGCCGGGGCCAUGGCUGCACAGGAGCUUCGCUGGCUCACCUACCUGCUGACUGACCUUGGAGAGCCGCCUCGUUCUCCUCCAGUGCUGUACGUAGACAACAAGGCUAUGCUGGCCUUGUGUCGAGAGCAGCGCUUGGAGCACAGAACGAAGCACAUUGCUCUCCGCUACUUUCUUGCUCGUGAGCUGCAGCAGCGUGGUCAGUUGCGACUUGCGUAG